AUGAACAACGUGCAAAUACUAGUAUCCUUUUGGUUGAAUCGUGAAGCAUCUCCAGCUCGUGUCGGCCUUGGUGUGACUACUGUGCUCACAAUGACAACCCUCAUCACCACAACUAAUAAUUCUAUGCCAAAAGUUAGUUACAUCAAGGGAUUGGAUGUCUUUCUCAACUUCUGUUUCGUUAUGGUUUUCGCAGCUUUGGUCGAGUAUGCAGUCGUUUCUUACUUAAACAAGCGGAUAGCACUUCGGAGGGAGAAGCGGCGAAAGCAAGCUGAACAACAGCGGCAGGCUGAAGUGCCAAUGUUCAGUAACACAUUAUCUCCGAAACAACCGAAUAAUAAC